AUGGCGUCGUCGUCGUAUACGUCGUCGUCUUUUCUUCGCCCCGUCGUCCUCUUUUCAAAAAGUUCUUCUUCUUUGUCUUGUACUUCUCAGCCCGCGAGGUUGAUGAAGAUGAAACGACGGCCAAAUGCAUCAGGAAGAAGGCAACAACGCGCAAACGCUUCCUCCUCCUCCUCCAAAGAAGAAGAAAAGACGGAGAAGACAAAAGUCGUCGUUCUCACUCGAGAGGCGGGCAAAAACGAGCAGAUGCGAAAGAUUUUAGCAUCGAUUGAUGAGGAUAAAGACAACGAAUUCGUGGUCGAAACGCUCGAGAUGCCUCUGGUGGAAUCGAAGCGAAACGAGGAAGAGGCGAAAAAAUUAGUCGAUUUAUUGAAAUCGAAAACGUUUCGAUGGAUUAUAGUGACCUCACCGGAAGCGGCGAACGUGUUCGCGAAAGCGUGGGCAGACGCCGGGAAACCGGAAGGGUUGAACAUUGGAACCGUGGGAGGCGGGACGACGAGAGCGUUGCCGACGAAGGAGGAGAUGAAGUGGGCGAGACUGUUUACGCCGUCGAAAGCGUUGGGGGAGGUGUUGGCGGAAGAGUUGCCGUUGGAUAUAAUAGACGGUGAUAACGAGAGUAGUAAUAGCGAAAGUACCGAUAGUAAUAGAGAAGUUUUAUACCCGUGCUCGAAGAAAGCGGCGAAAACGAUCGAGAACGGGUUGAGUUCUCGAGGCUUCAUCGUGACUCGAUUGAACACGUACAGCACGGAACAAGUCACGAAUAUACCGAAAGAGGUCCUCGAGCGAGCCGUGGACGCGAGCGUGGUGACGUUCGGAAGCCCGAGCGCGGUAAAAGCGUGGAAAAAUUUGACUUUGGAGUUGUUAGAGGAGAGAGGCGGGAAACACCCGACGUAUGCGUGCAUCGGGCAAACUUCCGCCAACGCGUGCGAAGAUUGCGAGUUGCCAGACGUCUGGCACCCGGAAGACCCGGGCAUGGAAGGGUGGGCCGAAGUCGUAAAAUUAUGUUUAGAACAAGACGAGAGCGAGAAGUGGCGAGGUGUAUUUUGA